GGCAGAGCUGCGCCGUUUUGAGACCAAAAUGAAUCCAGAGCGAUAUCGGCUGUUUUUGCGUAAAUUACGUAACAAAAAGCACGUACACCACUGACCGAGGAAGUGCACGCCGGUGCUUUCUCACCAGUGCUACAGUAGAGUUUUAAAUGAGUGAUAUUAACCAGAUAUUUCGGUCGUUUUCUACACGGUUUAUGUUGAGAUUCGCCCUCCUGCAAUGGAAAAUGCACGUACAGACACGUUCUUGAUAACUGGGGGAUGUGGCUAUUUUGGUUAUCGUCUGGCAUGCUCCCUGCAUAAAAAAGGAGCCAAAAUCAUUCUGUUUGACACGGCCCCUCCGAACCAAGAAGUGCCAGAGGACAUUGUGUUUGUUCAAGGUGAUAUACGUGAGUAUGCACAAGUUGAAAGGGCCGUCACUGGUGUGGACUGUGUAUUCCACAUCGCCUCCUAUGGCAUGUCUGGCAGGGAGCAGCUGAACCGGCAUCUGAUUGAGGCGGUGAAUGUUGAAGGCACACAGAACGUCCUGAAGGCUUGCGUUGAGCACGGAGUGUCCAGGCUGGUUUACACCAGCACCUUCAACGUGGUGUUCGGAGGCCAAGUGAUAGAGAACGGGGAUGAAAGCCUCCCUUAUCUACCUCUCCAUCUUCACCCCGACCACUACUCCAGAACCAAGUCCCUGGCUGAGAUGGCAGUGCUAAAAGCUAACGGCACAGCACUGAGGGACGGCUCCGGGGUGCUGAGAACCUGUGCACUGCGUCCAGCAGGAAUCUACGGCCCUGGUGAGCAGAGGCACCUGCCCAGGAUAGUCGGCUAUAUAGAGAAGGGGAUCUUCAGGUUUGUUUAUGGUGAACCCAGCAGCCUGGUUGAGUUUGUCCAUGUGGACAACCUGGUGUCAGCACAUGAGCUUGCUGCAGAGGCUCUGACCCCAGACAAGCAGCACCGCUCUGCUGGCCAGGCCUAUUUCAUCUCAGAUGGCAGGCCUGUCAACAAUUUUGAAUUCUUCAGACCUCUGGUAGAGGGCUUGGGCUAUCCUUUCCCCAAACUGCGCCUUCCUGUCUCUCUCAUUUACUUUGUUGCCUUUCUCACAGAAAUGAUUCACCACCUCAUCGGGCCCUUCUAUAACUUCCAGCCACUGCUGACACGUACAGAGGUGUAUAAAACUGGUGUGACGCAUUACUUCAGCAUGGCAAAAGCUAAGGCAGAGCUCGGUUAUGAGCCCCAGGAGCACAACCUGGACGAGGUGGUACAAUGGUAUAGAAGCAGAGGCCAUGGGAAAAGAUCUCACAGCUCCUUCCUCAGUCGAUUGCUACUGGACAUCCUGUUUGUUGCUGCCUUUGUUGCUGUGGCUUUCUCUUUUCUUCCAGUUGUUGGCAGUUGAUGAACAGCUAAAGCGGUAAUGUCAUUCUGCCAUUUUCCAAAACGUAUCAAGACUGGUUCAGAACUAAGUUGUUUACAUGUCUUAAUAUGAAACGGUGCAUGUGCAAAAAGUGUCUACUGGCAGGUGCUUCAGACAUACAGUAUAAAGCAGCUGUCUACAGACCGACUCAGUGAAAGCAUGUUUAAUUGGGGACCAUUCCUUUUUAUUCUGUAACCGCCAUCACAUGUGAAAAUAAUCAUAUAAUCUCUGUACCUUUUUAAUGUCUUAAUUUUACAUCCUAUAGUUAUUGUCACUUUCAGAGACGAUAUGUCAAAUGCUACCUCUUCUUUUCACAACAGUUAGCUUUUGAAAGACUGAUAAUAACUUAAUACACACAUGUUUUUAAUGCUGUUUUUGUGGAACCGUAAUAUAAUGAAAUGCUAAAAAUUGUUCUGAAAACUGUAAUGAAUAAAACUUUAUGAGGCAAA